AUGGCAGUUCAUCCCAUUUCACAAACCGCGGCACAUUUUUUACACCGAUCGAAAAAGUUGGUGUCUAAACUAAACAAGAGGCAGGGUGAAACAUAUCUAUUUGGACGUGCUGGGGAACCUAAAGAUGAAAAGAAAGCUUUCGAAUUUUUCCAACGUGCUGCCUCGUUAAAACAUCCGGAAUCUCAAGGGGUAAUGGCAUUCUGUUAUGAAUUUGGUUUGGGAAUUGAAAAGGACUUUAAACAAGCCGAAUUACAUUACAUCCCUGCUGCCGAACUUGGGAAUGGUUUGGCGCAAGCUAGGCUUGCAUUUUUAAGGAAAUAUGGACGUCCUUCGGUCCAUAUUGACCGUGCAGAAGCAGAAAUGUGGCAGCAAAAAGUUAAAGACCAAGGAAAAACGGCCAUCGCUUGGCUAUUUUACGCAGCAUCAGCUGCACAAAAUCACGCAAGAGCUCAAGAUAAGCUUGGUGUGUGUCUUCAAUUAGGCAUCGGAUGUGAAAAAGAUGAAGAAACUGCAUUUCAAAACUUCCUAAAGGCUGCUGAACAAGAUCACCUUACAGCCAUGUAUCAUCUUGCUAAUGCUCUUGAGAAAGGAAUUGGUUGCGAUGCUAAUCUUGAAGGGGCAACACAUUGGUUUGAAAGAGCAGCAAGCUCAGGUUGUAGAACGAGUUGUGAAAGGUUGAAGAGAUUAUUAGUUAAAGAAUGUUUAGGUCAGGAAGCAAGUGGGAAUAUUUAUUUAUCUGGGUAUUAUGCCGCCGCUGCCUAA